GUUAGUAUGAGUGGAAGAAGGUAGGUGCUUAAAUAAAAUGUUAGGGAGAUAUGUGUGUUUCUCUUUUAUCCUUUUGUAGAGGAAGAAAAGGAAAAUACAUUCGAUCGCUCAACCAACGUUAACAUUAAAAUAAAUGAUGGCUCACCUUCUUCAUGUGAAUGCUGUAAAAGCCAAAGCUAAGUAAGAUCUACUAACAUCUAACUCUCUAGGAAAAAAAUAGCCAAAAAUGCUCAAGAGACAAGAGAGUUCACUCUCAGCAUCUGGUGGACAAGAAACUCGGCAUGCAAAAGCCAUCGGGUGCAUGUCAGGCGUCAUUCGCCUCUUCUCCAAGUAUCAAAAUUCCAACAGACGCCUCACAUUUGGUAAAAAGCAAGAGAAGAAGAAAGCAGCAGCAGCAACUAAUUCAGAGGGAGAAGUUAAAGUGGUGAGGAGCCCGACGCUUCCACCAGAGAUCCGACGAGUAGAGAUGGCGAGGCUCAUGGGAGUGGAGGAGGAUUCUAGUAAACGGCAGCGGCUGAUGGAAGCUCUGGAGAAAUGCAACCAAGAUUUGGAGGAGCUGAAGAGGAUCAUCAAGGCGGUGCAGACGGCGAAUGGUGGCACCAAAAUGUGUACGGAUGAGAAGCCGGCAGAUGAGUUAACUUGUUCGCCCCUCACCACAGGUGGAGAGGUGCAGGUUCCACAACAUCGGAAGCCGACAGCAACAAAGAAGGCUGGAGAGGAUGAGGAAGCCAUAGCCAUAGCAAGACUAGUGACCAAAUCCACAAUCAUUGAAUCAUCACUUGAGAUGAGGCGUCGGGCGGCGGCAGCAGCAUCAUCACCGCCUUGGAGCAGCAGAGCUAUGGUUGAGAGCGUAGAAGAAGUGUGCAAUGAUAUAGCAUGGGGUGAAAAGAGGGAAAUUGGGAGAAUAGGGUUAGAGGUGCAAGAUCAUGUGUGCAGAGAGUUGAUUGAAGAGCUUGUCAGAGACUUGAAAUCUUCCUCCAUUAUUCCACCACUUCCUCUUGAGGCAUGCAAAAGGAAGCUUUGUUUUUCAUAAGUUUGUCAAUGCAAUUUGUAUACUUGCAUGA